GCAAGAUGGCGGCAGCUGUGCGGGGGGCGGAGGAGUUGGAGCUGCUGGAGCGGCUGCUGGGGCUGUCGGGCGGGAACAAGUACGGCGUCCAGGGGGAGCGGAAGGUUCCUGUUCUCCAAACCAACAAUGGCCCUGGGCUGACAGGGCUGAUGACCAUCGCUGCCCACCUGGUCAGGCAGGCUAGGAAAGACCAGCUGCUGGGAAACACUGCCGAGGAGAAGGCUGUGGUACAGCAGUGGCUGGAAUACAGAGUGACCCGAGUAAAUGGAGGCUCUAGUAAGGAAGAUACUAGAACAAUUCUGAAGGAUCUUAACAUUCACCUUGAAGAUAAAGUCUACCUUGCAGGAAACAUUUUUACUUUAGCAGACAUUUUGAUGUACUAUGGAUUGCAUCAUAUCGUGGUGGACCUCACAGUGCAAGAAAAGGAGAAAUACCUUAAUGUGUCUCGUUGGUUCAACCACAUUCAGCAUUACCCAGGUGUCCGACAGCAUCUGUCCAAUGUCGUCUUUAUCAAGAACAGAUUAUACACUAAUGCUCAUUAAGGCAAAUCUUAGUGUCGUGUUGGCAUGAGGUGUGGGAGUUUGGAAGUUGUACUGUCCAAAGCCACUAACCUGCAAAUACUAUUUUGUAACCUUCUGUAUGUGAACCGAAACUGUCAAUGCCUCAGAUAAUACAACUGCAUUGAAUUGCUGUUGUUCAUUCAAGAAUUAGAACUAAAGAAUUGUUAUUGUAUAUCUGAUUAAAUGGGAAAAUGGUAGAAAGAUGGAAAUGAAGUUUUAAUUCACUAUUUUUAAAAAAAUUUGAAGUUCUUUUAAUUAAACAUUCUAGUGAAAUUACAUUAUCUUUACCAUCAAUUAUUCACUCCUUUUACUAUUUAUUGAAUUUUUAUGUAUAUCAACCAGCUUUCCUUUUGUUUUCCAUGGAUGUUUACACUAUUUUGUACAAGUUAAGAGCUAUAUUGUGUGCCAAGGAUAUGAAAAAGGGAACAUGCAAAUGUUACAAAGUAUUUAUGUGACCGAAUAAAUUAUUUUAAAACUGUA